AUGUCGUCAUUAGUGUCAUCAAGCGGCGCACUGUCGCGGUCACGCUCGCUCCGGAAACCUAGCUCCAGGCCCGAGACGACAACUAGAAGUGGUCUCAACGGCGAUGGAGCUCAGCGCAGUCACGAUGUCUCUCCAAGCAGGCUACCCAUCAAGGGUUCUUCAAAAGGCGGCACUUCGACAGCCACCGUCAAUGCUCCGAGAACUACCCGCCCUCUUUCAGGCGUCUUUGCGCGCGUGACGUCGACUACUUCGUCAGCGCGUCAAGGCCAACAUGACAGCCCCGGGCCAGAAGCACCGCCGUCCGCCGCCCCGGGUCGCUUGACCCGGACUGCAUCAACUCGCCAGCCGUCCACCGCCUCCGUCCGGGCGGCGCCGUCUGCCAUAACCAGGCCGACCACAUCAUCAGGGGUUCCAACCUCCCGUCCGCGCGUCGCAUCCACCGCCGGCGCCGGGACGGCCCCAGACUCGGGAAGCGGUCUGUGCCAGGGACACACACGCGCAAAGUCGUCUGUCACGACCCUCUCAUCAGCAACCACCCUCCGCCCGCCGUCGCAGGUAUCCUCGUCGUCUUCAUCCACCACAACCACUACUACUACCACAGCAAGGAUAGACCGGUCCCGCCCGCCGCUAACAAGCCAGACUCGGCGACCGUCAGGAACACGGCCUCCGGCUCCACCAUCACCAACAACCACCACUCCCAGCACGCCUUCGUCACCCAAGCCCGCAGUCAAACCCCCGCCCAGACCGGGGCCGGCAUCUGGACCAGGCGCAGACGCCGCAAACCUCCUCGCUGGACAGCCCUCAGGAUCAGCAGUACCAGCCCGUCACCAGCAACAACAACAAGCACAACAACAACAACAACAACAACCCCACCGCCCGCCCUUCACAACCCACCAACAGCACUUCUCCCCACUCAAAUCCCUCGCCCCCAAACCGCUAACAGCCACCUUCCUCGCCCCACCAUCACCCUCAAAACAUCCAGCCAACGUAGCCGCGUCAGCCGAAACCUCCCGCUUACAAACCGAGCUGCUACAACUGCACCUCCUGCACCGGCAUGCGGCUCCCCUCAACGCGCAAUGGCGCGCCAGCGCACGUGCGAAGCUUCGCGCGAGAUGGGAAGCGGUUGGGGUUUUGGAAGGCGAGGUUACUGCGUUGGAGAGGGAGGUUGAGGAGGCCAGGAAUGCAGCUGCCAUUCUGGACUGGUGUGGCGGUAAACAUAAGGGGAUGAUGGGCACGGGGACCGGGGUGGAUGAGCAGCGUGUGGGUGCCCUGGCUGAGGUUUUGGACGGAGUCUGGGCUGCGCAGGAACGGUAUGCGAGGGUGGUUAGGGCGUUUGAGAAAUGGGUGGGGAGGGUGGAGGUGGUCUUUAGUGCCAGGCGGCGGGCUGGUCAGGAUGUAGAUGCGGAUGUGGGUUUGGUUGCUUCCCGAGCAGAAAAUGAGGAGGAGCAGGAUCAGGGGCUGGGCUUGACGCUAAUAGGCGAGAUGGACGCCGCCUGGAAGGCCGAGUGCGCCGCGCUGGGCCGUAGGCUGGAUGGGUGGCGCCGGACGCUCGCGGGGCUUGUUGAGUAUGAGAUAGACAAGGACACGGAGAAGGUCGGGAGGAUCCCAGGGGAGACAGCGGAAGCGGACACUUCCCUUUCCAGCUUGGAGAGGAUCCUCCAGGCUUGUCGCGUCCUCGUGCACGGAAUGCUGGCCGAGCUGGGGGUCAUGGAGCUGAUUGAGCGGGAGGCGGUCGCCGAAGAGAUGCGCUGGGUGAGGGACAUGAACCGACGCGGGCUGGGCGGCGGCGCCCACGAGGAGAGCCGGCGCGCUGGGGCCAUCUGGCGGGUGCUGUGA